ACAUUUACCCAACCCAUUUGUUAGCUGGGAAAACAUCAUUUAGUUCCUUGGUCUUCUUCAGCUUCUGGCGUGCACAACAGAGAUACGAUAUGAAUUCGGCAUCAUUCUCACUUCUCGCUGUGGUUCUAGCUGUGGUGAUCCCUUCUGCCUGUGCCAUUGAGUGCUAUGUUUGCAGUGAUCAGACAGCAAACUGCCAGACGAAAGAGGUUGACUGCUCCAAGGCAGGUCCAAGCUGGAAGUAUUGCAUGAAAUACAAGGAAGGGAAAACAGUUGUAAAGACUUGUGCGACUAAAAGCCUUUGUGACAAAGGAGAGCGGACCUGUAAAGGAACCGACAAGUGUAUAUCGCUUUGCUGCGAUAACAAGGAUCUGUGCAACAACGGUUUCGCCACCAGCCCUAUGCUCAUGAGUCUACUCGUGCCCACUCUCCUGCUCGUGUUAUACCUUUAAACAAUCAGCCGAAGCAUUAUUUGAGGGGUAUUCUAAUACCCUCUAGCACUUUUAAAAUAAUUAUGGAUGGCAAAUUUAAUAAAAUAGUCUGAAUCUUUA